AACGACAACGAUGACGUCGUCAUUAACAUCGUCCAAGUACUUGUAAUUGAAUCCAUACCUGUUUAUUAGAACCGGCUUCAGUGUACCAGAACUACUUUGAAGAAACAGGCAGAGAUAAGUCGCCCCUAUUGCUUGAUUUCCCGUGCUUCACGUCGAGUCUCGUACUCGCGCGUCCAUGGUGACAGUGUGACACUCGGGUGAUCUCGCCGCGCGUUCGGGAACGCUCGGGCUGGCUCGGCAGCGCGCGGCGCGCGCUUAGAAGAUCGACGCUCGAAUGGGCACGUUCGGCAGUUCGCGAACAACCGCGCGAUUGUACGGUUGUUUCGUUUUAAAAUUGUGGUUGUGCGUGCGUACUGUCGCGAUCGCUUCCGACCGCCAUUCCGCCGUCGUAGCAUGUGCCCACUAGUCCGUAGACACAUAUACCACUCGCUGCAUCACCAGCCGCACAAUAAACUUGUCUCUUACGGCUACCGUUAACAAUCAGCUGUAUUUUCGCGGCAUACGUUUUUUGCAUAUGACAAAGAAAUAAGCAGAACCGCUGAACCGUUUGCCCGUCACUUCGAUCCGCGUGCGUGGGAAAACGAUCGAGAUUCGUGCGUGCAAUAGUGUAGUAUGAUCUUCUCUUGGAUAUUCCAGUGAGUCUUCCUGCAGUGAGCGCCUAUACCGGGUGGCCGUCGAGUCGGAGUCGAGCCUAGAGCACGUCAAGUGUGAAGUGGCUUAUCUUUUUGCUCUCGCUAUCUUGGGUAAGAAGAAAGAGCAGGAAAGAGAGAGAGAGAGAAAGUCGAGAGUGGUCAGUUCUCGAGAGCAUCGCAGUCUGAAAAAAAAGAAGAAGAGAAGAGGAACAAUCCGCUGUAAAAAGAAUUCGACCAAUUUCCAAGAAAACGUUCAACUACCAAGAUGAGCUGUUGCACUAGCGCACCCAUCGUCACGCAGACUUGCGAGACUCUUCUCAGCAAGUGCGAGAUUCCGAUCAUCGACCUGGCUCAUAUGGGCACGGAGAGAUGCCCUCAGAAGGGAGUCGUGAAGCAGGUGGCCUCGAAACUGCUAAGGGCGCUGUCCGAGAAAGGAUUGGCCUUGCUCGUCAACCACGGCAUUCCAGAGUGCAAGAUGAAGGCAGCUUACAGAGCUCUAGAUGCAUUUUGCGAGCUACCAGAGGAGACGCGGGCAAAAUAUGAGCGCGUUUCGCCGGCUAAUCAUGGCUACGUUAAACCAGGCAUGGAGAAAUUUUCGGAUGAGAAGGAACUUCGCCAUGCAUUCAACGUGACCGGAUGUGAAGGAAUCCUACCGGAAGAAGAGAUUCACGGCUUUAGAUCAGCAGUCGAGGAAUUGGAACGUGAUUUCAAGCAACUGUCUACUAUGCUUCUUACUGCUCUGUCCGUGGGUUUGGAGCAAUCCCACGACUUCCUGCUGUCAAAGCAUGCGCACAUACUCGGCCCUGGCAACGCGUCCACCCUACGUCUCCUCUACUAUCCGCCGCUCUGUGCACCGGAACAAGGACUGACCCGAUGCGGCGUCCAUUGCGACUAUGGCACUUUCACUUUGUUGGCACAAGACUGCGAGGGCGGCCUCGAAAUACAAACUCCACACGGAGAACGAUGGAGCAGAGUUGGCCAUCUCCCAGGUGCCAUAUUGGUGAAUACUGGCGAGUUACUGGCACACUGGACCAAGGGGCAGCUUCCAGCACUUAGACAUCGUGUCGUUAUGCCCGAACAUUGCGGUCGCGGUCGUCAUUCCAUCGCCUUUUUCGUGCAUCCAGACGAUGACGUUGCCAUUGAGCCGUUAGACACGAAGAUCACCGUAGCCAGCCAGGAAACUACCCCCUGUCGUCUCCAGAAAAAGAAACGUAGCGUUCUCACAGCAUACCAGCAUCUUCAACGACGAUUUCGCGAGACUUACGCAUCCUAAUCUGUUCUAUGUGUGAUCCUGAAAAAUUUGUCAGGAUGAUACGAAAACUAAGUUGUUACACGUUCGCUGGAACAGAAUGAGAUCUCAUUGAUUUAGGCCAAUCUUAUGGGCAAUGAAAUUCGAAUUAUCAUGAGUUAUAUUUUACAAUUUUUGACCAAUGUGACAUGCUACGGAUUGCUUGGUACACCUUCUGUCCAAAGAAAAGAAGAAAGAAUAUUGAGGGUAUUGCAUUAUAUCCAUUCCAUUUAAUGUGAACGCGUAAAGCAAGAGAGCGUUGCCCACAUUUCUAAUUCUUAAUUCUGAUAAAUUUUAACGGUACAACUCGUUCAUCCUCAUUUCACAAUUUGCGUUCAAGAAUUUCAUUUUUCACAAACGAAAUUAUGAAACUAAAUGUAAAAAGAAGAUGUAAAGGAAGAGAAUGCGAUUUUCGAGCAAUAAUAAAUAAAUUUGUACUUAAUCGGGAAA